AUGGCCGGCGACCACGGCUCUCAAGGCCCGACGGUCACAGGCGUCUGCGUUGCUUUCGCCGUCUUGACGUUCCUUGUUUUGGCUCUGCGGCUCUUUUCACGCAUUGUCGUGCUGGGGAAAAUGGGCCUUGAUGACUAUUUGAUCAUUGGAGCAUGUCUUCUCUCUUGGGCGUUUAUUGCUGUUGUCAUAGUCGCCGUCCAGGAUGGACUCGGACAACACUACAAAUACGUGGAUAAGAGCAAACUCACCAACUACUCCUUCGCUGUCUGGCUGAGUUCAAUGUUCUACCUGGCCUGCCUCGGGUUCGUGAAGACGUCGGUGCUAUGGUUCUACACCCGACUCGGGGACCGGUUCCUCCUGCGGAUGUCCUACGUGAUGAUGGCCGUCAUCGCCGCACAAGCUACUUCCUUCGUGCUCGUCGCCGCGUUCCAAUGCAGCCCAAUUAGUAUGGCCUGGACGGCCACCGGACCGGGCAAGUGCGUCAACAUCAACGUGUUCUAUCUCUGCAACGCAGCACUGAACAUCUUCACGGACCUCUUGACGUACACUUUGCCCAUUCGGGUUAUUCUGCGGCUUCAGAUGCCGCGGAAGCAGAAGAUUGCGCUGGGAUUUAUCCUGUGUCUCGGUCUUUUUGCAUGCGUCUCAUCGAUCAUUCGCAUUACUUAUAUCCCCGCCAUGCUCGAGUCCAGCGAUCCCACCUACGCCAUCGCGGGAGCCAUGUACUGGUCCGUAAUUGAAACGAACGUGGGCAUCUUCGCGGCGUCCAUCCCGUCCUUCAAGGCCAUUGCCUCGCGCUUCCUGCCCCGCUUCAUUGGCGAAUACAGCGGCCGUCGCAAGUACGGUCCUUGGUCUGGCAAUACCGAUGCGCGUCGCUACGGGUCUGGGUUCACCAAGGUCACUGACCCCAACGGUAUCACUAUGGGGACUAUCAAUGGCCAGGAUGAUGCCACCAUGGGGACCCAGAUUGGAGCUGGGCUGGGCAGUAACUCGAGUGAGGAGCGCAUUAUUAUCCCGGAUGGCAAGAUCUUUACCCAGACGCAAAUUGAGACCAAUGUUGAGGUUAACAGGAGCUAUGGGAGGAGGUAG